AUGGAAGAGAUGCGUCUAUCAUUAGAAUGUCCCCCUUUAAACGGGGUACAAAAUAGAGGCGAGCAGCAGUUAUCCGUUACCGGCCAGAGGUGCAUCAACUGGCUGCACGCGUCCAGCAGACUAAAUUCAUCGAUAUACCCAGACACUGAAUCAGGAGUUUGGAAUCACAGUUAUUGCCGCAACCCAGAUGAUUCAGAUAUCCUGUGGUGCUAUGUCCUGACCCAAGAUGGAAGUGUACAGAAGCAACACUGUCACAGAGACAAAUGCACAGAUACGGUCCAGAGUCCAGCCAAUCCAGACACAGGGAUUAGCAGGCCGGUUCGCCAGGGACCAAAGAAGAAGAGGGACUUGGGAGUGCUGGGUUAUGUCAUGGGAUCCUUGCUAAUGGCCAUCUCACUACUGCUGGCAUCUGGCAUAGUAAUCGGCUACUUUUAUAAAAAAACCCGGAACCUGAUAAGGGAGCAGGAGCGUGAGGCCUGUGAGAGGGAGACACAUAGAAGCAACCUCCCUCUCUCCGCCUUCUCCAACCUUGCCUGCAACCUUCUGGACGAGAACACCGCAUCUGCUCAUGGCCAGGAGAGGACUGAGGCCGUGGGGGAGGAGAGGGAGGAAGACAAGGAGGGUUGUUCUGGUCACCAGACAUCAGAUCCAUCUGAAAUAUAAUGCUAAACAGAAUAGAAUAAAACGUUGUAGAAAUAAUUCUAAUUUUAUACUCUGACCUAGUCUGACUUUUUGACAUCUCUUCAUUGAGCCUUUUAUGAUAAUGUGUAAUCCUUCUUUGGGAAGGCUGGGAAAAACCUUUUCUCUUCCUGCAUGGUUUGCCCUUCCUACUGCAUCUUUAAU